UAUGCAAGAUUAUUCGUGAGAUAGGAAGAAUACAUGAUACAAUGAGGUGCACGGUAGAAGAACAAGUGGCACGCUUCCUACACAUAUUGGCACACAAUGUUAGGAAUAGAAYAAURGRCUUUCAUUUCAGUYGGUYUGGUGAGACUGUGAGCCGUCAUUUCAACAACGUAUUGAAUGCUUUGUUGAGCUUGGAGGAUAGGUACUUGAUUCAACCAAGUGGUACUGAAACACCUCCAGAAUUUAGAAACCGACAUGAUUUUUGGCCAUAUUUCAAGGAUUGUGUUGGGGCAAUCGAUGGCUCACACCUCCCUGUGAAAGUCCCUUCUACUAAUGUUGCUAGGUUUCGAGGUCGUAAAUCUUAUCCCACACAAAACAUCCUUGCUGCAUGCACUUUCGAUUUGUUGUUCACAUAUGUAUUACCUGGUUGGGAGGGUGCCGCAUCGGAUUCUCACAUGCUUAACAAUGCUCUGAGGAGAGAGCAUAAAUUAGAAGUCCCUCAAGGUAAAUAUUAUCUUGUAGACGCAGGAUUUUCAUUAAAGACGGGGUUCAUUACACCAUAUCGAAACACACGAUACCAUCUAAAGGAAUGA